AUGGGUCUGUUUCCAUGCCUCUAUUCUCUAAUCUUCAUUCUUACUUCUUCUUCUUCUUCUCUUUCCAUGUCUUCUUCUCCAUUGUGCCAUACCCAUGAAACCUCUGCUUUGCUCCACUUUAAAAACUCUUUCACUAACAUCAGUGACACUACCUACUGUAGUCGUUAUUAUGAUCUUGAAAUUACUAAUCCUAAUAAUACAAUUUCAUGGGAUAUAAAGAGCAAGGAUUGCUGCAGAUGGAGUGGAGUCACGUGCGAUGACGUCACAGGCCACGUGAUACGUCUUGACCUCAAAUGCAGUGGGCUUCAAGGCAUUCUUCACUCCAACAACACUCUUUUCUCUCUCUCUCAUCUCCAAUCUCUUAUUCUCUCUGGGAAUGAUUUUUCUCAUUCCAAAAUUUCAUCUGAAUUUGGUAAGUUUUCAAAUAUGGUUCACCUUGACCUUUCUCUCUCUGGUUUCAGUGGCCAAGUCCCUCACCAAUUGUCUUACUUGUCCAACUUGCUUACACUUGACUUGACUGGGAAUUCUGGUUUGAAACUAGAGACAUCUAGUUGGAAAACCAUUGUUGCAAAUCUAACAAAUCUUAGAGAGUUGUUUCUUAGUGGUGUUGAUAUGUCUUCUACUUCAACUGAUUCCUUUAUGAAUCUCUCAACUUCUUUGACAUCUCUUGAUCUUAGUUGGACUAAUUUGCAGGGGAAACUUCCAGAAAAUGUUCUCAGUUUGCCAAACCUUCAACAACUCUAUUUGAGUAAUAAUUUGAAUCUCAAUGGUUCUUUUCCACAAUAUAAUUGGAGUAGCCCACUUAAAGUGAUGGAUCUUUCUGGAUCUGGAGUCAUAAUAGAUCCUUACCUUUGUAGAAAGUUCAAGUAUUUACAAGUUAUAUCUCUUUCUCUAUCCAAAUUCAAUUCCGUACAACUAUCAUCCACAUUUUUUGACAAUUGCACACAAAUCACCUCCUUAGACCUUUUGGGUAAUAGUUUAGGUGGUUUCUUCCCAUGGUCAUCCAUUUUUAAUCUACAUCAGCUAACCCGUUUAGAUCUUUCAGAGAAUAAUUUCAUUGGUGAAAUUCCAGAAAUUUGUAGUAACUCAACAAAAAAUCCAUUCUCGUGUAUCUCUUCAAAACAUCACUUAGUGGGUUCUCCUCCAUUGCAUUUAACAUCCCUGGAUUUAAGUUUUAAUCAGCUUAAUGGGACAAUACCUUCUUGGAUAUAUUCCCUUCCAUCUUUACAAUAUUUAAAUCUACGUUGGAAUAAAUUCAGUGGUAGCAUUCAGGAAUUCCAACACAAUUGCUUGGUAUCUCUAUAUUUAGCUUAUAAUAACUUACAAGGCUUCUUUCCAACAUCAAUUUUUCAGCAAGUCAAUCUUUCUGAUUUGCAUCUUCUCUCAAAUAAUAUGAGUGGUGUCGUGCAAUUAGACCAAUUUUUAAAACUGAAAAAGCUCAAAUAUCUUAAUCUUUCUAAUAAUAGUUUUUCAUGUAUAUCUAAUAAUUAUAAUAAUGAUACUUUUCCCAAUACUCUUUCUUCAUUGUAUUUGUCUUCAUGUGGUAUAAGUGAGUUCCCCUACUUCCUAAGAAGCUUGAAAAAUUUAGCAGAAUUGGAUCUCUCCAACAAUCAAAUUGAAGGCAGUGUUCCCCAAUGGUUAUGGAAUGUGGGUAAGGAUUCAUUGUAUUACCUAGAUAUUUCUCACAACUCUUUGACACAAAUAGAUCAGAUUCCAUGGAAAAAUUUACAAUUCAUUAAUCUUGCCUUCAACCGACUUCAAGGUCAUCUUCCAGUCCUACCACCUUCUACAAGGUUUAUUUCAAUCUCAAACAAUUCAUUUGUUGGGGAAAUAUCACCAUCCAUUUGCAAUCUCACUUGGCUCCAAGGCCUUGAUUUGUCCAUUAACAAAUUGAGUGGGAACAUUCCUCCAUGUCUAGGAAAUUCAAGCUCUCUCGAAGUGCUAGAUUUGAGGAAGAAUAAGUUUCAUGGAAUCAUUCCUCCAGCUUUGGCCAAGGGAAACAGUCUAAGAGUUUUGAAUGUUAAUGAAAAUCAAUUGGAAGGGUCAUUGCCAAAAUCAUUGCUCAAUUGUAAAUAUUUGGAGCUUUUAGAUAUUGGAAACAACAAAAUAAAUGGAUCAUUUCCCAGGUGGUUGGAAUCUCUUCCAUACCUUCAAGUUCUUAUCUUAAGAUCUAAUAGAUUUCAAGGUCCAAUAGGCAAUCCCAAGGUCAGACAUCCCUUUCAAAAUUUGAGAAUCGUGGAUUUUAGUGGCAAUCAAUUCACUGGCCAUUUCCCACAUAAAUAUUUUAAUAAUUUUGUGGGAAUGAUGGAUGCUUAUUCUGAUGGGUUGAACUACAUGGAGGUAUUUCAAAGUUAUUCUAUCUAUUAUGAUAUCAGCUCAUUGACAAUAAAAGGAAAUUAUAUUGAGUUACCGAAAAUCCAAUCAAUGAUUAUCACAAUUGAUUUCUCAAGAAACAACUUUAUAGGAGAGAUUCCAAAGUUGAUUGGUAAGCUCAACUCACUCAAAGGGCUUAAUUUUUCUCAUAACAAGCUUGUUGGUAAUAUCCCUUCAUCAUUGGGAAAUUUGACCAAUCUAGAAUGGUUAGAUCUCUCCUCAAAUGAGCUUAACGGAAUGAUUCCAUGGCAAUUGGCUGCAAAUUUGAAUCAACUUGGAUUUUUAAAUCUUUCGGUGAACAAAUUGGAGGGACCAAUUCCUCAUGGCCCACAAUUCGAUACAUUCAAAGAAGAUUCAUAUAGUGGGAAUUCGGGCUUAUGUGGAUUUCCACUUAAAUCAUGCGACGAGGACAAAACAUCAUCAACAACUUCUGAACAAGAAGAGGAGGAGGAGCAUGCGAAUGGAUUAUUUGAUUGGAAAAUUGUGUUGAUGGGAUAUGCAAGUGGAAUGGUUAUUGGAAUUUCAUUGGGAUACAUGCUCCUUUCCGAUAAAAUCAUUGAUGGAGUGGUCGAAACGGUGAACGGAGAACAAUGGCAUAAUUUGGUGAAAAGAUCAAAGCGGAAUGCUCGUCAAAGUCGUAGAAUUGGAAGAAGACAUUAGUUUACAUAUUUUUUGUAUUUUGUUGAAAUGUCUGUAAUAACUUUUGUGUGUAUUCUUAAUAAAUCAUGUUGUUGUUUGCAAAAAAA